CCCCCGCGCACAGCUGGGACGUGGGCCGCUGCCGGGCGGGCACAGUUGGGAGCCUGGGAGCCGGCGGUGGAAGCGCCCGCGGAGGCCUCCGCCGGUCCGAGCGUGCCAACGUCCGUCCGCGCCGUCGGCCAUGGCCGUGUGCCCCGGGCGCCCCUGCCUGCUGGCGCUCGUGCUGUGCUGCGCCUGGGGGACGCUGGCGGUGGUCGCCCAGAAGCCGGGCACGGGCUGUCCGAGCCGCUGCCUGUGCUUCCGCACCACCGUGCGCUGCAUGCAUCUGUUACUGGAGGCCGUGCCCGCAGUGGCGCCGCAGACUUCCAUCCUGGACCUUCGGUUCAACAGAAUCCGAGAGAUCCAGCCAGGGGCAUUCAGGCGGCUGAGGAACUUGAACACGCUGCUUCUCAACAAUAACCAUAUUAAGAGGAUUCCCAGUGGAGCGUUUGAAGAUCUGGAGAACUUAAAAUACCUCUAUUUGUACAAGAAUGAGAUCCAGUCAAUUGACAGGCAAGCAUUUAAGGGACUUGCCUCUCUAGAACAACUGUACCUGCAUUUUAAUCAAAUAGAAACACUGGACCCAGAAUCCUUCAAGCACCUGCCGAAGUUGGAAAGACUAUUUUUACAUAACAAUCGGAUCACACAUUUAGUUCCUGGAACGUUUAAUCACUUGGAAUCCAUGAAACGAUUGCGAUUAGAUUCUAAUGCACUUCACUGUGACUGUGAAAUUCUGUGGCUGGCGGAUCUGCUGAAGGCCUAUGCUCAAUCGGGGAACGCGCAAGCAGCAGCCACUUGUGAGUUUCCCAGACGCAUCCAGGGACGCUCUGUGGCUACCAUCACCCCAGAAGAACUGAACUGUGAAAGGCCUCGGAUCACAUCAGAGCCACAGGAUGCAGAUGUCACCUCGGGGAAUACUGUAUACUUUACCUGCAGGGCGGAGGGCAACCCCAAACCUGAGAUUAUCUGGCUUCGAAACAAUAAUGAGCUGAGCAUGAAGACAGACUCACGAUUAAACCUGCUGGACGAUGGCACACUGAUGAUCCAGAACACCCAGGAGGCAGACGAGGGUGUCUACCAGUGCAUGGCGAAGAAUGUGGCCGGAGAGGCAAAGACACAAGAAGUGACCCUCAGGUACUUGGGGUCUCCAGCCCGACCCACUUUUGUAAUCCAGCCGCAGAACACAGAGGUCCUGGUGGGCGAGAGCGUCACUCUGGAGUGCAGUGCCACGGGCCACCCUUUGCCACAGAUCACCUGGACAAGAGGUGACCGGACACCCUUGCCAGCUGACCCGAGGGUGAAUAUCACUCCCUCUGGUGGCCUGUACAUACAGAACGUCGACCAGGGUGACAGCGGGGAGUACGCGUGCUUUGCCUCCAACAGUGUGGACAGCAUCCAUGCCACGGCCUUCAUCAUUGUGCAAGCUCUUCCUCAGUUCACUGUGACCCCUCAGAGCAGAGUGGUCAUCGAAGGUCAGACUGUGGAUUUCCAGUGUGAGGCUAAGGGUUACCCCCAACCAGUCAUCGCCUGGACCAAGGGAGGGAGCCAGCUCUCAGUGGACAGAAGGCAUCUGGUGCUGUCCUCGGGCACACUUAGGAUCUCCGGGGUUGCCUUGCAUGACCAGGGCCAGUAUGAGUGCCAGGCCGUCAACAUCAUUGGCUCUCAGAAGGUCAUGGCCCACCUGACUGUACAGCCCAGAGUGACCCCGGUGUUCACCAGCAUUCCCAGUGACAUGACUGUAGAGGUGGGCACCAAUGUCCAGCUGCCUUGCAGCUCCCAGGGGGAGCCCGAGCCAGCCAUCACCUGGAACAAGGAUGGGGUUCAGGUAACAGAAAGUGGAAAAUUUCACAUCAGCCCCGAAGGGUUUUUAACCAUCCACGAUGUUGGUCCUGCAGAUGACGGUCGUUAUGAGUGUGUGGCUCGAAACACAAUUGGAUAUGCUUCAGUUAGCAUGGUUCUCAGUGUGAACGUUCCUGACGUAAGUCGAAAUGGGGAUCCGUACGUCGCUACCUCAAUUGUUGAAGCCAUUGCAACUGUUGACAGAGCCAUCAACUCCACGCGGACACACUUGUUUGACAGCCGACCUCGCUCUCCAAAUGACCUGCUGGCCCUGUUUCGGUACCCACGGGACCCUUACACAGUGGGACAAGCCAGAGCAGGAGAGAUAUUCGAGCGGACCCUGCAGCUGAUCCAGGAUCAUGUGCAGCAUGGCCUGAUGGUCGACUUGAAUGGAACAAGUUACCACUACAAUGACCUGGUGUCUCCGCAGUACCUGAGCCUCAUCGCCAACCUUUCCGGCUGUACUGCACAUAGGCGCGUGAACAACUGCUCAGAUAUGUGCUUCCACCAGAAGUACAGGACGCAUGAUGGCACAUGUAACAACCUGCAACAUCCAAUGUGGGGAGCCUCGCUCACAGCCUUUGAACGUCUGCUGAAGGCCGUGUAUGAGAAUGGCUUCAACACACCUCGUGGCAUCAACCCCCAGCGCCAGUACAAUGGGCACGUGCUACCUAUGCCCCGCCUGGUGUCCACUACACUGAUUGGAACAGAGGUGAUCACCCCUGACGAGCAAUUCACACAUAUGCUGAUGCAGUGGGGCCAGUUCCUAGACCAUGAUCUGGACUCCACGGUGGUGGCCCUGAGCCAGGCUCGCUUUUCAGACGGGCAGCAUUGCAGCUCCGUGUGCAGCAAUGAUCCUCCUUGCUUCUCUGUCAUGAUUCCUCCCAAUGACCCCCGGGUGCGGAGUGGGGCCCGCUGCAUGUUCUUUGUGCGGUCGAGCCCUGUGUGUGGCAGUGGGAUGACAUCCCUGCUCAUGAACUCCGUGUAUCCUCGAGAGCAGAUCAACCAGCUUACCUCCUACAUUGAUGCAUCCAAUGUGUAUGGCAGCACGGACCACGAAGCCCGUGGCAUUCGAGACCUGGCCAGCCAUCGUGGCCUGCUACGCCAGGGCAUCGUGCAGAGAUCUGGGAAACCACUGCUACCCUUUGCCACAGGGCCACCCACUGAGUGCAUGCGUGAUGAGAAUGAGAGCCCGAUCCCCUGCUUCCUGGCGGGGGACCACCGUGCCAAUGAGCAGCUGGGCUUAACCAGCAUGCACACACUGUGGUUCAGGGAGCACAACCGCAUCGCAGCAGAGCUGCUAAAGCUGAACCCUCACUGGGACGGAGACACUGUCUACCAUGAGACCCGCAAGAUUGUUGGGGCAGAGAUACAGCAUAUCACCUACCGGCAUUGGCUGCCCAAGAUCCUGGGGGAGGUGGGCAUGAAGAUGCUGGGUGAAUACCGGGGCUAUGACCCCAGUGUCAACGCCGGCAUCUUCAACGCCUUUGCCACUGCAGCCUUCCGGUUUGGUCACACGCUGAUCAACCCCCUGCUCUACCGUCUGGACGAGAACUUUGAGCCCAUGCCACAAGGCCACGUGCCCCUCCACAAGGCCUUUUUCUCACCCUUCCGGAUCGUCAAUGAGGGGGGCAUUGACCCCCUUCUCCGGGGGCUGUUUGGAGUGGCAGGGAAGAUGCGCAUUCCCUCCCAGCUGCUGAACACAGAGCUCACAGAGCGGUUAUUCUCCAUGGCACACACGGUGGCCCUCGACCUGGCUGCUAUCAAUAUCCAGCGAGGCCGAGACCAUGGCAUCCCUCCCUACCACGACUACAGGGUCUACUGCAACCUGUCAGCCGCCCACACCUUUGAGGAUCUGAAAAAUGAGAUCAAGAGCCCUGUGAUCCGGGAGAAGCUACAGAGGCUGUAUGGUUCAACUCUCAACAUUGAUUUGUUCCCGGCCCUCAUGGUGGAAGACCUAGUUCCUGGCAGCCGCUUGGGGCCCACACUCAUGUGUCUACUCAGCACACAGUUCCGACGCUUGCGGGAUGGAGACAGGUUGUGGUACGAGAACCCAGGGGUUUUCUCCCCAGCCCAGCUGACACAGCUCAAGCAGACAUCCCUAGCCAGGAUCCUGUGUGACAACUCAGACAACAUCACCCGCGUGCAGCGGGACGUGUUCAGGGUGGCAGAGUUCCCACACGGCUAUGGCAGCUGUGAGGACAUUCCCAGAGUGGACCUCCGAGUGUGGCAGGACUGUUGCGAAGACUGCAGGACCAGGGGACAGUUCAAUGCCUUCUCCUACCAUUUCCGGGGCAGGAGGUCUCUCGAAUUCAGCUACGAGGAAGAUAAGCCCACCAAGAGAGUGAGGCGACGGAAGGCAGCAAGUGUAAAACAUGUCAGCAAUUCCACGUCAGCUGCUCAUGAGCACCUGGAAGGACCAGCGACAAAUGACUUCAAGGAGUUUGUUGUGGAAAUGCAAAAGAUCAUCAGACAUCUCAGAAAACAGAUAAACAGCCUGGAGUCUCGGCUCAGCACCACGGAGUGUGUGGACGACAACGGCGACUCUCACAGCAAUAACACAAAGUGGAAAAAAGACACAUGCACAGUUUGUGAGUGCAAAAAUGGCCAGGUCACCUGCUUCGUGGAAGCUUGUCAGCCUGCAGCCUGCCCGGAGCCUGUGAAAGUUGAAGGAGCAUGCUGUCCCAUCUGCCUAAGGAGAGCUACAGAGGAGAAGCCUUAGGCUUUCCUAAGCUGGGCUCCUCGAAGGUGGUCCACAGAAUCCUCAUGAGCUUAGCGACAUGGGGAGCUGCAGACCACAGGACAGGAACCCCAAACAUUUCAAGACUUCCUCUGUGCCGUCAAAGACGCAGCCCUGACUGCUUUGGAACCCAUGUUUGUAGAAGGAAAUUGAACAGGCAAGAGCAGGUGUAGGCUCUGGUUUUCAUUUCAUGUUAGACUUCUCAGGUUUUUAUUUAAUUCUUUUAAAAUGGAAAAUUGGUGCUACUAUUAAAUCGCACAGUUAAGCCACGUGGGCUCCAAAAUCACUUCUGCCUGAUGAUGCCACUUGUGUUUAAAUGAGGCAGGAAGUCUUUGAAACCCCCUCUGAGGGUGGGAGCUUUGUUCACUGGUGUGGCCCACAGGUGGUGGCAUGGCAGGAGCCAUCAGGAGAAUUCUUGGUUAUAUCACAGGCUUUAUUUAAAUAGAAUCUUUUGACAAAUGAACAGAAUCCCCACAGGGAUGCUAGGGCUCCCCCCCACCCUCUCCUUCAUGUCUGCUGCCUUUACUGUCACCCUCAGGGCUCAUUAGCAUCUGACCACAAUACCAAGCAGUCCUGUGUCCUGGGACCACAUCAGUUCCUUCUACAUAUGACUGUCACAUUAUUAAGUCACAUUUAGAAACAGUCUUGUUUCCACUUAGAAUGUGCAUACAUACUGCUUUGCUGUAAACUGAAUGUGAAUUCCUUUGGUCCCACACCAUGUCCGGUGACCCGAACAGCCCCUUACAUUAUUAGGAUGGUCUGUGGCCACUGCCUGCCUUGGCUCCUGACUACAGCUUAGGAGGGUAACCUAGUCUCCAGAUCCUCCUGACAGGCGACAGGCAGGCAGACCCUGAACAUCAGGAACUCACAUUGUGUGAAUGCUUUAAAGAAAAGAAUCCCUAUACCUCAUUUUUUAAUUGCAUGUUUUAUAAAAACUUUCCCAUUUUCAGGUGUUAGAUACAAUAGAAAAAUUAUUUCCAUUAUGCAAAAGUUAUUUUGGCUUUCUUUUUUUAGAAUUCAGUGAAAAACAACUAUUAUACCUCAUAGUAUCUUUUUUUAAUUGACCAAAACUUUCCAUUCUAUUCUCACAACAAAGUUCUCACUGUUCUGAGGACUCUUCACUGAAUAAGCAAGUCUCAUCCCACACACACACUGAUGUGUCAGGCCUUGUGAGCAGCAUUAUGAGCAGAGCAGUGGGACUUGGGAUCACCUGCCCAGAGGCUGAGGAGGAGGACCCUAAGGACACAGGGAAGGUUGAGCCAUUUGGACAAGGGCAAAAUGGCUGUCAUUACAGGAGACCAUUGUCAGGGAUAAGGUGAGGCUCUGCUCCUCUCUGUCUGGCCAGGUGCUGUGCAGUAAGGCCAAUCUUGUAUGAUCUGUGUAUGAUCCCUGUGGUGGUGGGAGCUCCUUCCCAGAGACAAGCACGGAGCCAUGUACAAGGCUGCCUAGUGUGCUGUUGGCAAAGGCAGCAUCUCAUGAGUAUUCACAGUGGAUUCACUGCAUUGCAUAUCAAAAACCGGUCACCUUAUCUUACCCUUGUGUUGCUGAUGAUAACCAGAAGCUGGGUGUUCUGGUAGGCAUUGCUUUUGAUAUAGGAUGGAUUUAGCGAUGAGAUCUCAGAACAGACUUCUGUGAAGUGAGAAAUGUAAGUGUGUGCAUGGAAUCUGAUGGCUUGGUCAUCGCUCAGGUGUAGAGAUGGCAGCAGAGCCUGUCUUGGGUGCUCUGGCAUCUCACUUGGGCCCCGUGGGGGGUGUCUGGUGCCCAGGCACACAGGUAUGCAUGGCGCUUAGGCAGGCAUCAAGGGUUUUUGUUCUCUGAACUAGUGGGGGAAGCUGGCUGUCAUUUACAUUAAUUUCUGUAAUUCAAACCAAAAUGUCUGUAGAAUCUCCUUUGAUGUUACAGUCUCACUGCCCGGACAGUGGGCAGUGCCCAGACGACCUUCCUGAGGCAGCAACUGCACGGGGGCUGCCAUGAUAUGAAGCAUUGUACAUAUUUAUUUACUUUCCUUACUGUUGCCAACAUCCAAAUGCCAUUUUUAUGUUUUUUGUAUUCAGUACAUUACCAAAGAGGUGUUUGCACUUUGUAACGACGCCUUUCAGUUCUAAUAAAAGGGCCACGUUGUCAAGUGGA